GGGGCGUCCCUGCGGAAGCGUGCGGGGCUGGUCACGCUUCGGCCUGGCUGACUCUGGAGCCACCCUGCCGGCGGGAGACGAGGCCGUGCACGCCCUCCCAGACCCUCCGCUUCGGGAAUUCGCGGAGGAGCGGCGCUCCCCACUCUCUCACAUGUUCAGCGCCGAAUCACGCGCGGGCCGCGACAGCUUCAGGAUGGCGGACGCGAGCGCUCUCUGGUCCCCAGGUCCCUCCGCGCCCCUGGAGCGUGGUCACCCCGGACCGCCCUGUCUCUGAGGAAAAACUGCCCCGAGCCCGGGACUGCGGCUUCUCCCACGCGGGGCAGCCGGGGAGUGUGAGGGGGCCGCCCGCCUGGAGACCAGGCCGGAGGCGUGAGGGGGCUGCUCUGCCGGGACCCGGAUGCGCGGGGCGGUGCGCGGCGGGUCGCGGGAAGAGGCGGAAGGUCCCCCUCGCCUUCGGCUUCUCCCUGCCCGGCCGCCGGUGUCCCGCCCGCCGCCGCGCACAGCCUGGCCCAAGCCGCGGCGAUGGCCCAGCCGCGGGAUCCGCGGCGCCUCUUUAGGCUGGUGCAGGAGGGCCGGCUCCGCGCCCUGCAGGAGGAGCCGCAGGCGGCAGCGGGCUGCCCAGGGCCGGCCGGGGAUACCCUCCUGCACUGCGCCGCGCGCCACGGGCGUCUGGACGUGCUGGCCUAUCUGGCCGAGGCCUGGGGCAUGGACAUCGAGGCCGCCAACCGAGACUACAAGCGGCCCCUGCACGAGGCGGCCUCCAUGGGCCACCGGAACUGCGUGCGCUACCUCCUGGGCCGGGGGGCAGCGGUCGACUCCCUGAAGAAGGCGGACUGGACUCCUCUGAUGAUGGCCUGCACAAGGAAGAACCUGGGGGUGAUCCAGGACCUGGUGGAACAUGGCGCUAAUCCACUCCUGAAGAACAAAGAUGGCUGGAACAGUUUCCACAUUGCCAGUCGAGAAGGUGACCCUCUGAUCCUCCAGUACCUGCUCACUGUUUGCCCAGAUGCCUGGAAGACAGAGAGCAAAAUCAGAAGAACUCCUCUGCACACUGCAGCAAUGCAUGGCCAUUUAGAGGCAGUCAAGGUGCUUCUUAAGAGGUGCCAAUAUGAACCAGACUGCAGAGACAACUGUGGCGUCACCCCUUUGAUGGACGCAAUCCAGUGUGGUCACAUCGACAUCGCUAGGCUGCUCCUCAGUGAACAUGGGGCUUGUCUUUCAGCAGAAGACAGCCUGGGUGCCCAGGCUCUGCACAGGGCAGCCGUCACAGGGCAGGACGAAGCCAUCCGAUUCUUGGUGUCCGAACUUGGCAUUGAUGUAGAUGUGAGAGCCACAUCAACCCACCUCACAGCACUUCAUUAUGCAGCUAAGGAAGGACAUACAAGUACAAUUCAGACUCUCUUAUCCUUUGGAGCUGACAUCAACUCUAAAGAUGAAAAAAAUCGAUCAGCCCUGCAUCUGGCCUGUGCAGGUCAGCACUUGGCCUGCGCCAAAUUUCUCCUGCAGUCAGGACUGAAGGAUUCUGAAGACAUCAUGGGCACCCUGGCUCAGCAGCUCACAAAGAGAUCAGAUGUCCUUUGGGGCUCUGGCCACAGCUCAAUGACAUAGGAUGUUUCCAAGAGGAGGCAAUAAAGCACAUGGGAUCCUGAAAAAAAUGCAGAUUCCCGCAGGAAGGGGUGGAAGGGUGCUGGGCCGGUCAAAAAACUACCUACUGGAUACCAUUCUCACUGCCUGAGUGAGGUGAUCCUUACUGCAGACCUCAGUAUCAUGCAAUACAGCCACGUAACAAACCUGCACAUGUAUCCCCUGUAUUUAAAAUAAAAGUUGAAAUUAGAAAAUUUUUAAGAUGCAGAUUUCCCCCCUCCCCUGGCAACCCCAGCUUGCUUCCAGGAGCAGCCAUAGAGUCCCUGCUCUGCAGACCACAUUGAGUAGAUUCUUGUGCACGAGGCGAAAUGUUUGUGUUUACUCUGCCGGUUCCUCCCCAGCCUCAAGAGGAAAGCCAAGCAGAAGGGCACAGAGCAGGAGCUGGCGCACUUGGUGCUGGGAGACACCAAGUGUCUCCUAGGUGCUUCAUCUUCCCAGUGAAAUAGGAAAGCAGGUGAUCAGCCGAUAGUGAGGACACAGUCUGGGAGGUCUGAGGAGUUAGGGGAGCAGAGACCUGGGCAGUGCUUCUCAGGCUACCACCGUCUGAACACAGGUGGCUGCGUAGCCCCAGGGGGCUGGGCCUAUAGGUCCAGGGUAGAGUGUAGGAAUUUGCACUUUUGUUCUUUUCCUUUCUGUAACAGUUUUAUUGAGGUAUAAUUGUUAUACAAAUCUUCAAAUUCUUGAUGUAUACAGUUUGCUGAAUUCAGACAUAUUUGUGCAUCCAGGAAACUAUCACCACAGUCAAAGCAGUAAACACAUCCCUCGCCUCCAAAAGCAGGGCAUCCAAUCUUUUGGCUCCCCUGGGCCACAUUGGAAGAAGAAUAACUGUCUUGAGCCACACGUAAAAUACACUAACAGUAAGGAUAGCUGACGAGCUA